CAGAGUAGGUGAUGGGGAAGAAGGUGAUGACAGAGGAGGUGAUGGCAGAGUAGGUGAUUGGGAAGGAGGUGAUGGCAGAGUAGGUGAUAGGGAAGGAGGUGAUGGCAGCGUAGGUGGUGGGGAAGGAGGUGAUGGGGGAGGAGGUGAUGGCAUAGGAGGUGAUGGCAGAGUAGGUGACGGGGAAGGAGGUGAUGGUGGAGGAGGUGAUGGCGGAGGAGGUGAUGGCGGAGGAGGGAUGGCGGAGGAGGGGAUGGUGGAGGAGGUGAUGGCAGAGGAGGUGAUGGUGGGGCAGGUGAUGGCAGAGGAGGUGAUGGCGGAGGAGGGGAUGGUGGAGGAGGUGAUGGUAGGGGAGGUGAUGGCAGAGGAGGUGAUGGCAGAGGAGGUGAUGGCAGAGGAGGUGAUGGCAGAGGAGGUAAUGGUGAAGGAGGGAGUGAAAUCAUGGAAGGGGAUGAAGGUGACCAUGAAGAUGGGAGGGAUGAUGAUGGUGAUGGUGGUGGUAGUGGAGGAGGGUCACUAUUACCCGUUUACCAUGAUUUGCAAGGUAUAUGAAAAAUUUUGUAGGUUUAAACUCUUCUCUUCUCGCACAGUAUUCAACACCAUUUUGUUAGAAACAUGGGUAACCCCCCAAGACACAAAGCAUUAUGGUUAUGUGCAAGUAGAGAAUUAGAGUGUAACCAGUCCUUGAAAUUGGUAAUCCUCUUACAAUCAGCCUUUUCACUUAUAAGAUUUUGGCGGAUGGUGGCUUUCUUAGGAUUGCAAAUUAUUAAGAUAAUACUUUUCAGCUUGUAGCAUUAUCCAAUACAAACAUUUAAGUUUCUUUGUUCAGAAACAUGAAAUGAACUGCUAGUAUUACAAAAAUUGACGAGAAAGCAAUUUAGGGAAUUUUCCUUAAAGUACCCACUUUCUAGGGCUGCUGCAGUCUCCUCUAGAGAGCAACAGUUUUGAAAUAGUCUUUAAGUCGUGUAAAUCACCUUCAUACAGCAUUAGCCAUAAUUCACCUGUGAAUGUUUAUUUCUUAUUACUGAUUUUAGAAAUGGAAGAUUCAAGAGAAAUUCUUACUAACAAUCAGGAUGACAAUGAGGUGGCAACUCAUGGUAGAAGGCAUACUCCAGUGGAAGGCAUACAUUGGGAUCCCACUGAGGUGAAAUGAUGAUAAAGAAGUAGAUUGUAUUUUAAACUCUUUUAUAGUUGCCAAUCAUUUCCUGUGUGCUUGAUUUAUGAGAAUUUAGUGUUGUAACCAAGUAACAGCCCAAUCAUACAUGUAUUUACAGGUUAACGCCUGCGGGUCAUUAAGAGGUUAAUAGUUUUCUGCAUUUUUUGUCAAUAUCCCCUACAUCACCUGUGAUGUUAUCUUAAUACACGUAGUAUGACAAUUUAAUUGCUAUUUGCACGCACUAUCAGCAAUAUUGUUACCAUUACUUGUUUAUACUGUUGUUACCUCACCCUCAACAGUUGUCUUCUUUUUUUGUCUAUCUAGAGGCACACUUAUCAGCUGCCAAUUCAAGAAGAAUUGGGUAAGUUGACGUCCUUGUUAUAAACCAUCUUAUUUACGUGUGAUUAGGCUAUAAAUGCCUUGUCUUUUGGUCUGGAAGCAUGUUGCAAGGUAGUUUUCCCCUACCUCUUUCCAUAUAUCUGAUGUUAUAAUGCUAGAAAAAUCUCAGAGAGCUUGGCAGAAACUUGUGCAAAUACUGCAUACUUCUGAUUAUGCUUUUUUAAUUUUUCUUCUUUCUUAGAGCUCAGUAUUUAGAUGACCUCCCUGAUGGAGCUUUGUGCUAGUCUUUAGGGUUUCAAGACAAAAUCACUUUUGUUGUGAGUAAGCUUGUAGAAAUCUAGUGAGAUUGUGUCAGUGGUGAGCUGGGAUAUAGAAUGUGAUGGGUUUAAUUAAGUUUAUUAACGAUUAGUAUCGUACUGCUUCUGGGAGUUGCUCCUACUCGCUGUUUAAUAAAGUAGUUGAGUUUGUAAGAUUAUAGUGUUUUUCUGUCGGUUAGAUUAUACCGUAACACUUUGCAGUGAAACCAUUCAGUCGAACUCAGCUGCGCCUCAAUCAAUAAGGUUCUAGACAAUGUAAAAUUGUGGCCGAUUUGUCUGACAAAAAUGCGUUAUGAAGUGUUACGUUCUCGAUUAUUUUAUUGCUUGGACCUUUAACUCAGUGUUUGAAGAAUUUGGAUCUAGUCACUCUAUGAAUUGAUUAGAUUGAUUAGAUUGCUUAGAUUGCUUUGCUUGCUUUGUUGUAACAGAUCUCGAAACCUCCAGGAGCUCGUAAAUGCGUUAUUAAAUUCGUAAUUAAGUCUCGUGAUCAAUCAAUCAAUCAAUCAAUCAAUUAAGUAUAUUUAAAGAGAGGAACACUUGACAGUAGUGAAACUAAUGACCUCGUGGCCAUAAAGCUUAAAAUAUAAAAACAAAAUAAGCAAUGAUCUAUACUACAAAUGUUACGUACUGCAAAAAGCAAUAAAAAAAUUAAGUAUAGGUCAUAUAUCUCUAUAGAUAUUUUUAAAUGCAAUACUAUUUAGUGUUAUUCUAAAAAGUAAAUCAAUAAAUUGUUUUACUUAAUAAAGAAUUGUUUUAAUUAAUAAAGAAACUAAGAUGGCG